AUGCCUGAGCGUACCAGUAGCGGCGGAGCCGCAAGAAGUCGAGAGACCGUCAAACUCCGGGACAGUUGCGAAAUAUGUGCCAGCGCCAAGGUCCGAUGCAGUAAAGAGAAGCCAUCCUGCUCCCGAUGCAUCAAUCGUGGCUUGAAAUGCGAGUACGGCCUAUCACGGCGCAACGGUCGGUCAGCGACCAACAACAACAGCAGCAGCAGCAAUCGCGACCAAGAUCAGAGCUAUGGCACACAUGUGAAGCCUCCAGUGGCGCCAGUGCGGCGAGACAGCGGAGACCAGAAUCGCCAGAUUGAAUGGACGACGGACAUGGUCGAUGUGUCCACAGAGGAUCCUCACCUUACCGCCCUAUCACAACCUAUGCCACACUCGAUGCCUACUUAUCCGCAAACCGCUCCUAUGAGCGUCCCGUUCACGCAAGAAGUACCAGACCUCAAUGUCUCGAUGCUACCGAACGAAACCAACAUGGAUCUUUUCAUGAUGAAUAGCGAUGUAACGACGUGGACCGACAUCCAGCCGCCAUGGGCAGCCGCCGCGUGUGAGCCGGACCAUUGUUGCUUGAACACGGCGCUCGACCUACUACGUCAAUUAAGUAUAACGGAAGCGUCCAAAGCGUGCCCGAGACGUGGUAUGCCUGAGCAAAUCCCGCCUCCCACGCUCGAAAUGGCUGCUACCAUGAAUCGGACAAUCAUUGCUUCUUUGAAUACUAUCCUUGGUUGUUCUUGCUCACUAAACGGAAAUCUACUGACGAUCAUCUCCUUGGUCACUUUCAAGCUCAUUGCGUGGUGCGCGUCAGCUGCGAAGAAUACUCCUCGUGCUGACUCUCCCAUGGCAACGGCAGAGACAAUGGGCUCGAAUGCGCCCAUAGCACUCAAGGACCUGCUUCGCAGCCCUCCAGCAGGGCUUGACGGUCUCAUGGAUGCUGUGGGUGCCACUGGCAACGAGCAGAUACAGGCCGCGGCACAGACGGUGCUCGACGAUCUCUACCGAGUACAAGAUCUCGUCAACCUGUUUUCACAGCGACUGAACAUGGCUCGGCGAAGGAGAAGCGCCGUGGGUGGAGGGUCAGCAGGCUCUGACAUACAAGCCGCCAUGUACAAUACUUCGACAACAUUGAGUGAGUCGGUCUCGGCGCAGCUCGAAAGUGAUUUACGGCGACGCCUUCGGGCUGUCAGCUUUGAGACGGUACAGAUUCUGCUACGUGGGUGA